UCCCGCUAGAUUUUUCUUACCUUCGAGCACGACAUCGCCGCCAUGGACGAAUUCAACCUUCCAAGAGGUCUGCGCGCAAAAAAUGUUUCGUAAAAUCUUCCUCUGUUGUAGCUGUGGCUGACGGCACGCCAUUCGCACAGACCGACAAGCUGACCUUCACACCUUCGCCAAUACGAUUCACGGUGUCUAAGUGUUCUUGGAUCGCAUGUGCAAAGGACCCUAACCGUUUGGAAUUCGUAUAAGAUUCUUCUUGCGCCGAGCAAGAUGGAGUCGACUCCACUCAUCUCCUCAUCGUCCACGAUGUCAAAGCUCUUCUCCAAGUACGGGGCUACCUCUGGGGCAAAGGCAGCGCCUGCUGAGGGCCAGCCUAAGUCUGACCCCGAUGCUCCUCCUUCGGAUAUCGAUAAUGGAUCUCUCUACCAGGUUCGCCAGGCAAAGCGCCAGAUCGGUGUUACAUCAGCUGUGUUUUUGAUUUUCAACAGGAUGAUCGGAACUGGUAUUUUUGCGACUCCGAGUGCCAUCUUCUCUCUAUCCGGUAGUGUUGGCUUGUCUCUGUUCAUCUGGGUCGCUGGUAUGCUGAUCGCUGCUGCUGGUAUGGCCGUUUAUCUCGAAUUUGGCACAGCCAUUCCAAGGAACGGAGGCGAGAAGAACUACCUCGAAUUUGUCUACAGCAAGCCUAAGUUCCUCGCUACUGGUCUUUACACUGGUUAUGUCAUCCUUUUGGGAUGGGCAGGAUCCAACUCUGUCGUCUUCGGAGAGUACAUUCUCCAUGCCGCCAACGUCGAAGUCACCCGCUGGAACCAGCGUGGUGUUGGUCUAGCUUGCAUCACCGCCGCUUUCCUCAUCCACGGACUGGCUUUGAAGUGGGGCCUGAGGCUCCAGAACUUGCUCGGUGUCAUCAAGCUGCUCAUUAUUUUGUUGAUUGUUGUCUCCGGAUGGGCAGCACUGGGAGGUGCUCUCAAGAUCGAGAAACCUAACAACUUCGACAACGCCUUCGCCGGUACCACUGGUAGCGCUUAUGGUGUUGUUACCGCGCUAUACAACGUUAUCUGGAGUUAUAUCGGAUACAGCAACGCCAACUACGCCCUCAGCGAGACCAAGAACCCUGUUCGCACCCUCAAGCUCGCUGCCCCUCUGGCUCUUGGAUCCGUUGCCAUUCUGUACAUGUUCGUCAACAUCGCCUACUUCGCUGCCGUUCCCGCCGACGAGAUCAUUUCCUCGAAGCGUCUCGUAGCUGCGUCGCUCUUCCGCAACGUUUUCGGACCCAAGGCUGAGCGUGCACUUUCCGUCUUCGUUGCUCUGUCUGCUUUCGGAAACGUUCUCAGUGUCAUUUUCUCCCAAGGUCGUCUUGUGCAAGAGCUGGGUCGUGAGGGAAUUCUUCCCUGGUCCAGGCUAUGGGCAAGCAACCGUCCCUUCAACGCACCUCUUGCUGGCCUAUUCGAGCACUGGCUCGUCUCGGUCAUCAUUAUGCUGGCUCCCCCUCCUGGUGACGCGUAUAACUUCAUUCUCAACGUUAUCUCGUACCCGCUUGCCGUUGUGAACGUCUUCGUCGCAGCAGGUCUGGCCUGGCUCUACCUUCACAAGGAGCAGUACAACUGGAACCCCCCGAUCAAGGCCACCCUUCCGGUCACCAUCUUCUUCUUCCUCAGCAAUGUCUACCUCGUAAUUGCGCCAUUCGUCCCUCCCAGUGAUGGCAACAGCGUCUACGAGACUCUGCCAUACUACCUUCACUGCGUUGUUGGCUUCGGCAUCAUUGCCGCUGGCGGUGUCUACUGGUUAAUCUGGGCAGUCGUGUUGCCCAAGAUUGGAAACUACACGCUUCAUCGCGAGGUCGUUGUUGAUGACAUCGAUGGUUGGGAGAGGCAUGUUUUCAGGAAAGUCCCCAACUAAAACUGUGUGUCAUGAGAUGCAGAGAUACCGUAGAUAUUUUAGUGUAGUUUAAUGACGC